GUAAGCUCACUAUGAAGGAUAUCUUGUGUUUUGUAUCGGUUGCAUUGGCGAUCCUGGUCGUAGCUCAGAGUUACUCCACUGGACCUCCAGUGAAUUCAUGCGCCUCGAUGGCUCCAGACCCGAGUGCUGAUGCCCACGGAGCUCCAGCACAAACAACGCCUCCUCCCUACGAAGUGACAAUAGACGUGCCCUGCAACGGUUACGUGUCUUCAAGAAAAUACAGAAUGACUCUAAGACCUACUAACAGAUCAUACGAAAUUGAAGGCUUUCUAUGCCAAGUGCGCAAGGCUGACGGGUCGGAUACAACGGCCAUUGGCACGUUUGCCAAUUUCAACCCCAAAAGCAAAGCUAAACACUUGGCUUGCAACUCUCCCAAGGGAGCCGUCACUCACAGAAACGAAGACGGAGUUCACAAGUUUCAAGCCAUGUGGAAGGCACCAUCGAGCAUACCGAACUACAACUUGAGAGCAUUCUGCACAGUCGUGGAGCACAAAGACACUUAUUGGUUGAAAAUUCCGUCUGCCUACUUCACAGCUGCAAAGAACAAAACAAACAAUUGUGUGCACGGGCAGUGCGUGGCACUCAACGGCACGACCUCACGCUGCAGGUGUGAAGCAGGAUACGCUGGUCCGACGUGCGAAUCCGUUCGCUCAGAUGCAAGUCCGCCACCGAGAAGCGAUGAUUGCAACGAGUUUAUGAGAAAAUGGGCCGCCAAACUUGAUGAAUGUCAGUUGUUGGGCGAGUAUAAGAAGCAGAUGGUGAAGACUUUAUCUCCUAGAAACACCAAUUCCCGAGAUCACGAUGAUGACUCUGAUGAUGAUGACACUUCUGAUGAUGACACUUCUGAUGAUGACACUUCUGAUGAUGACACUUCUGAUGAUGACACUUCUGAUGAUGACACUUCCAAUGAUGACACUUCUGAUGAUGACACGUCUGAUCAUUCUGAUUCUGAUUCUGAUGAUGACAAGUAGCCUGAGCAGGAGGUGAACUCACUUGACUUAUCAUGACAUUCAGUUUGUGUUCAUGUAGUUGAUUGCACUUCCAAAAUGUUUGCUUGACGAUUGCACUCUGACAAGUUACUGUGUACAGCUGCAGGCAGCUAUAGUAAAACGAUGAAUGAUUGCUCAGCAAUGGCAUGCAAUACGUUGUACAUUGUGCACUCGGUAAUUAUCUCACUA